CAUCACUUUCCUUAUAUAGCUACACACUGAUGCGUUUUCAGUCGCUUUGUCUGUUAUAACAACCAACGCGUUCCUCACCCGUCAUAGUGUUUUUCUGGUUAGUUAGGGUUUGUUUUGAAGAUAGAAAUGGGGAGAGGAAAGAUCCAGAUAAGGAGGAUUGAUAAUUCGACGAGCAGGCAAGUAACUUUUUCGAAGCGAAGGAAUGGAUUGUUGAAGAAGGCGAAGGAACUUGCGAUUUUGUGCGAUGCUGAGGUUGGGGUUAUGAUCUUCUCCAGCACUGCAAAACUCUAUGAUUUCGCCAGCACCAGCAUGAGAUCAGUAAUUGAUCGGUACAACAAAACUAAAGAAGAACACAAUCAACUUGGGAGUUCAACCUCUGAAAUUAAGUUUUGGCAAAGGGAGGCAGCAAUGUUAAGGCAACAAUUGCAUAAUUUGCAAGAAAGUCACCGGCAAAUAAUGGGUGAAGAAUUAUCAGGUUUGACAGUCAAAGAAUUACAGGGUUUGGAGAACCAGUUGGAAAUCAGCCUUCGUGGUGUUCGUAUGAAAAAGGAGCAACUUUUUAUGGAUGAAAUACAAGAACUAAAUCGAAAGGGAGACAUCAUACACCAAGAAAAUGUUGAACUGUAUCGUAAGGUAAACCUAAUUUGUCAAGAAAAUAUGAAAUGGAAAAAGAAGGUCUAUGGAACAAAAGAUAAGAAUGGAACAAACAGAGUUUUGAGUCUCACAAAUGGUGUAGGCAUAGGAGACGAUUCAAAUGUACCUGUGAAUCUCCAGCUCAGCCAGCCACAGCAGCAACACUACAAGGCUCCUUCAGGAACUACAAAACUAGGGUAGUGUAGUGAGUCAAUUCAUGCAAUCCCCAUGUGCUUAUCAUUGAGAAUGCUUCAGAUCAACAUAAACAAGACAAAGUAUAUACUCAAGUUGUGGGGUAUUCAGAUGCAGAUUCACACGAGUUCACCUGUCAAAUAGGCAGCCUACUUUAGGAUAUAAUAUCUUUGUUAGUGAGAAUCUUGUAUCCUAACAAAGUAUGAAGCAAAAUGUGGUUGUUUGAUCCAAUACAAAGGUCGAGUUUCCACUUAUGGCAACAAUCACUUGUGAACUUAUAUGAUUACUUCAUGGUUAAAGUUCGGUAGUGUUGAUCAAAUGAAGAUCAUUAUGAUAAUCAAUCUGCUCUACACGUUACAUCAAAUCUAAUUUUUCAUGAAUGGACCAAUCAUAUAGAUGAUCAUCACUUCCAGAAUAUUUCUAUUGAAUUUGUCAGUUACAACUAUCAUUGUAGAUAUUCUUACCGUUUCUUUGGCUUCUUCAAGGACAAAUAGUUCAUUU